AUAAAAUCUUGUACACUAAAAACCAAAAACUGUUGUUGUUGUUGUUGUUUUCUAAUUUUAAUCAAAGAGAUAAGAGGUAUUCUAGCUGAAAUUUCAAGCAAGAAUAUGGGCUACCUCAAUUCAGUCCUGUCAUCUUCAAACCAGGUUUAUGCUGAUGAUGCACCUGUGAGUGGUGGUGGUCUGAGUCAGAAUGGAAAAUUCAGCUAUGGAUAUGCAAGCUCUCCCGGGAAAAGAUCUUCCAUGGAAGAUUUUUAUGAGACAAGGAUUGAUGGUGUUGAUGGAGAGAUAGUUGGCCUGUUUGGAGUAUUUGAUGGCCACGGAGGUGCACGUGCUGCUGAAUAUGUGAAACAAAACCUUUUCAGCAAUCUGAUCAGGCAUCCAAAGUUCAUUUCUGAUACCAAAUCAGCUAUAGCCGAUGCAUACAAUCACACAGACUCUGAAUUUCUGAAAUCAGAAAAUAAUCAGAACCGAGAUGCUGGGUCAACUGCUUCCACAGCAAUUCUUGUUGGUGACCGUUUACUUGUUGCAAAUGUUGGAGACUCUAGAGCUGUCAUAUGUCGAGGUGGCAAUGCUAUUGCUGUUUCUCGAGAUCAUAAGCCAGACCAAACUGAUGAGCGCCAACGGAUUGAGGAUGCUGGAGGGUUUGUGAUGUGGGCAGGGACGUGGAGAGUCGGUGGGGUUCUUGCUGUCUCUCGUGCAUUUGGUGAUAGGCUCUUGAAGCAGUAUGUUGUUGCUGAUCCAGAAAUUCAGGUCCGGUUCUCCUUGCUCGGACCAUUUUUGUUUUAUUUACAAAUAUAUUAUCAACAUGCUGUUGAAAUGACUAAACCAAUUGCAGACCCAGAGGAGGCAGCAAGGAGGUUGUUGCAAGAGGCAUACCAGAGAGGAAGUGCAGAUAAUAUUACCUGUGUCGUUGUCCGCUUCUUGGCCAAUCAAGGUGCUACCUCUCGUAGCGCUGUUGGUGUUGCUUCUGUGUGAAGUAGCUGUGCUAUGGUUCGACCUUUGCAGCUACAAGAAAAACUGGGGCAACAUUAGAAUUAAGAGGUGUAUAGCUAGUCAGGGAAACGCAACGGCGACAUCCUGCUGUGGUAGGGAUAGAAGGAUGGAGGAAAACUCAAGUUGGCUGUUAAAAAGUAACACAGUUACAUAUUUCAGCCUCUAGAAUAGUAACUGUAAGAGUCUAGCUUUUUAUGUACUUGGUGUCUCGAGGUAGCUAGAAAUGUGCACUCGUUAAGUUGUAGAGUCUUAAAUUAAAGACUAUUUUCUAAAUGUUGUAAAUGUGUUUUUAAACUUCAUGUUGUUGCUUUUGUUCAAUACUUUUUGUUUCCCUGCGAA